CUCCAAGUUCCGCCUAAAAUGCCUACCUGAUACAGCGCAACCUGUCCGGAGAACACCUGGGGGGGACAGAGUAACAAUCUUUCCCUUCCUUUCGAGGUUGCCUUGUGCCUCAGGUUCAAUAAAGUCCUGUCCGUCUCCCCCUACCGUCGUCCGUCAACGCUCUGAUCGACACUCUGGCGGCUACGCUCCCUCUACCUCCCCUCCUCAUCUCUCCGCUAUGAUUGACAGAUAAACGAGAGCGCUCAUCGUGUCCCGUCCCACGCCUCAGAAGCUCCCCCUCCAACGGUCACCUCUAGCUCCACCAUGGCAGUCUACGCCUCUCAGCUCGGGGCCAAAGGGCCCUUCACGAACAAUGCCCCCGUCCUGUCAACCCAUGCGCCUCCAGCUGGUACCUUUUUGCCUGGCACAAAAGUCCAGGUGGGAGAUCACAGGGUCAUCAUUGAGCGCUAUCUUUCCGAGGGCGGCUUUGCCCACGUCUACGUUGUCCUGCUCCCUCGGCACGUCGAUGGGAACCAGAAAGCCGUGCUCAAGCGAGUGGCUGUCCCCGACAAGGAGCAUCUGGCCAACAUGCGGACGGAGGUUGAGACCAUGAAAAGACUGCGGGGCAAAAAGCACAUCGUCAAGUAUAUUGAUUCGCAUGCUUCCCAGCUGAAAGGCGGUGGAUAUGAGGUGUUUCUGCUCAUGGAAUUCUGUCAGGGAGGAGGACUCAUCGACUUCAUGAACACUCGGUUACAGAACAGGCUGACUGAGCCCGAAAUUCUUAAGAUCUUUACGGAUGUGGCCGAGGGAGUUGCGUGCAUGCACUACCUGAAACCUCCGUUGCUGCAUCGAGACCUAAAAGUCGAGAAUGUUCUCAUUUCCACGAAUGGCUCAUCUAGGAUAUAUAAACUCUGUGAUUUUGGUUCUGCAGCUCCAGCGAGGCCGGCUGCUACAACUGCUGCGGAAGGGCGUCUAAUCGAGGACGAUAUCAACCGCCACACGACCUUGCAGUACCGCAGCCCAGAAAUGAUCGAUGUCUACCGAAAACAGCCCAUUGACGAGAAAUCGGAUAUCUGGGCUCUCGGGGUGUUUCUGUACAAGCUUUGCUAUUACACAACCCCGUUCGAAGAAGUCGGGCAGAUGGCCAUACUCAAUGCAAAGUUCAAGUUUCCCGGCUAUCCACGAUUCUCUGACCAACUGAAGCUGCUCAUUGCUUCCAUGCUUCGGGAACGACCGACGGACCGGCCAAACAUAUAUCAGGUGCUACAAAAGGCGUGUCAGUUAGACGGCCGCGAAUUGGCGUUCGAAAACAUCUAUGCUCGUCGGACGCAAUCGGAGAGUCGUAAAGACCAAGUCCUUCCACAGCCAUCUAGCUCACAAUCCAGAGCUGGUGCCACUUUGUCUCCUCCCAAACCGGCAGCUCCUCCAACUGUUCCAGAUAUCGAGCCGAUGCGGCGCGGACGGCCAACCAAACCCGUAUCUCACCAUGGCUCAGCAAAACCCAGCCCUUCGCCUCUGCGAAUGAUGGACAACGCACACCCUGACCCCUUUGCAGCGCUGGACGGGCACAAGGGUUCUGCCGAAGAUGAGCUUUCUUCGAGAUUUCCGACUCUGGAUCAGUUCUCGUUAAUGACUGACAAGGGCCAAAAAUUCGCGUUCGAAUCUCAAUCGGAGAAAAAGAGAGAGUCUACCGACGUGAACCUUGCACAACGAGUCACUAACGCUCUGGCGGACGAUGCAUUCGCAAGACCUCCCAGCCCAGCAAAGCCGAAACCAACCACAGAGAAACCGGUACCCAUGAGCAAAUCGCAAACUGUGUUACAGCAUAAGAAGUCUCUAGAAAAUAAAGAGACCCAAGCACGAGCAAACGGGGUCGGCCCACCACCGGUCACUGCCCCCAAGCCCGCCAUGGUAUCUACUGGUACCAUGACGACGCCUUCGCCUCCUCCUACUACGGAUGCGAAACCAUUUGCAGAUCGUCCAAUACACCGCUUUCCUCCCAACGAGCAAACGCCGAAACCGCCGGCGGCGCAGAAAUACGAAACCAUGGAAUUACCCCCUAGAGAACCCCGAUCUGCUCGGAACAAAGAGGUAUCAAGGCUGGCAAAUCUCCUUAGAGAAGAUGGGCACAGGUCACAGCUUGCUGGGGAUCUAGAGCCCAAGUCGCCAACCUCGUCACGCCCCUCUCUGGAAGGUGGUCGUCCCACCAUGCGAGAACUCGGUUCUGGAGUGAACAGGUCAAGGUCACUAAAUUUCAGGAACCGACCGGCCAGCGUUAACAUCGGGGCGAGGCCGACUCAUAUCAAAGACAAAGAAAUUAAAAGUCUUGACUAUGACACGACAUUUAAGAGCGCAGAACCUGAAAUGGCGCCUUUGACGCAUGUUGAAUCCGCAACAAACAUUACCUCAGACGUGGACUUCCUCAAGGCUAAAGAAGAGGAGGAAAAGUCGCGCAGGCACCAUAGAAGGUUGGGUAGUGGCUCAAGGCAUCUGAAAAGAGCCAGUUUGCCAUCCAUCGUCCCUAAUAUUGCGGGAACAACCAAACUGUUGGCAGGAAAGUUUGGAGAUGCUUUCAAAAUGUUUGAGAGCAACAACGACCCGGCUCACCACCGACAACGGAGCGACUCACCCUCCCGCGAUCCCAUUAACAUUCUCACCCCAAUUGCGGGCUCCGAGGCCACGGACCUCAGCGACGACCGUCAGCCGUGGGACGACAUGGAGGAUCUGUCACCUGAAAUGAGACGGGAGAUGGAAAAGCGCAAACUCGAGGCUGAAGAAAGAAGAGUGGCUCAGGCAGCCGCAGAGUACAGGCAGCGACUAGCAGCAAGAGGAGGCGGAGCUGCCGGCAGCAGCGGAGGGGUGGGAAGGUCAGCUACCAUCCAGAACAGGGUGAAGUCGUUGCUGAGCGAGAAUGAUCGGCCCACGCACAAAACAGCAACCGGCUAUGGUCAUUACACUGAAUCCCCAUCGCCUCAGCAGGAUCACUCGGAUGGAAGGCGGUCACCUAAACCGUCCAGGCACCCCCAGGCUCAAUCGACCGGCAAAUUGGAAAGACACGGCAUCCCCGAAGUUGUGGCGUCUGCACCAGCCUCAUUGACAGACCUCACUAGGGUAGACUCCCGAGGACAGAAGCCAACCGCACCGCCGAAACCAAAGGUGCUGCGGACGGGUGGCAUGGCAGAGCCGGCCGUGGUGAGUGCGAGUGAAGUGAAUGCCCCGGCUGCCAACGUGGACGAAGACUGGGAAGCCAACUUCAGCAGGAGGUAUCCCAGUCUUGCGGGAAUUGAAAUGGUGGAAACCUCGAUAGACGGCCCGAAGAGCACCACCGCUGUACGCACGAAAGAAGUAUAAUGGGAAACUAGAGUACAUGUAGAAUCUAGGGCAAGCAUACGAAUUUCUGUUCGGAUUCGAGACCGGCGUGAUUUGGGUCUGAGAAGUGAAUGAGAGUAAAGUGAAUGUUGGCGGUUGACGAAGCCUGCAAUUUACGAGCUGAACACUUUGUCUCUCUUCCUUC